AACCUCCUCUCUGAAAUACUGUUACUAAUCUGUUCCUUUUGGUCGGAAAUCCAAAAAAAACGAAGGAAACAUAUGGCAACUCCUGCCAUGAAGAUCGUGUUCGGUCUAUUGACAUUUGUCACUAUCGGAAUGAUCAUAGGUGCCUUAUUACAAUUGGCCUUUAUCAACAGACUGGAAGAUUCGUACGGAAAUGGAUUACCAUCCUUAAGAGGGCUUCGGGGACAGAGCUCCCGACAUCUCCGAGAUGUUUCCCGGUGGGCAAAUGACAAAGAUGCAGAAGCUUUGCGGCUUGGCUAUGUCAAGCCUGAAGUAGUUAGUUGGUCCCCUCGAAUUAUUGUGCUUCAUAACUUCCUCAGCUCAGAGGAAUGUGAACACCUCAAAGCUAUCGCCAGGCCUCGCCUUCAGGUUUCCACUGUCGUUGAUGUUAAAACCGGAAAGGGAGUUAAAAGUGACGUGAGGACAAGCUCGGGAAUGUUUCUAACUCACGUAGAAAGAAGUUAUCCAAUUAUUCAGGCAAUUGAAAAGAGAAUCUCAGUCUUUUCUCAAGUACCAGCUGAGAAUGGAGAACUCAUUCAAGUCCUAAGAUAUGAACCAAACCAGUUUUACAGACCGCAUCACGAUUACUUUUCUGACACUUUCAAUCUGAGGCGUGGCGGUCAGCGCGUAGCAACAAUGCUAAUGUACUUAACAGAUGAUGUUGAAGGAGGAGAAACUUAUUUCCCUUUGGCUGGUGAUGGUGAAUGCACAUGUGGAGGCAAAAUCAUGAAAGGCAUUUCUGUGAAACCCACCAAAGGAGACGCAGUUCUCUUCUGGAGCAUGGGGCUUGAUGGACAGUCAGAUCCAAAAAGCAUACAUGGAGGAUGUGAAGUUCUGUCUGGAGAGAAAUGGUCAGCUACUAAAUGGAUGAGACAAAAAGCUACUUCUUGAGGGACUUGAAAACUUAUAAACUAAAGGAACCACAGUGACUUUAUAUUGAAAAUGUCAUAGAAUCUAAGAUUUUUGAUAUACCUCUUUUUGGCCCUUGAAUUUUAUAAUCUAUCAUUUACAUACAUAUUGGGUUUGGAGGUGUAAUCACUUGUCACCCAACAGCAACAAAUCUUUGGU